AUCAGAACAGACUAAAGAGCCCGUGUGUAGAUACAUAUAAAAAGCAGGAAGGGGGAAAAGGAACACGACUCUAUGCAGUAUGCAGGGAGGCUCUGUUGUCCCGCAAAAAAAUUAUCAUCUUUCGAGGUGCUUUUUAUCGUCAAGUGGCGUGUAUUAUAUACUGCCUGCGAGUAAAUGCAAGUUCAGUUCAAGAAAUGCAGGAUUUUCUUGGUCUUCUGCUGGUGCUAAGCCUGUUGUUGGUUGUGUUCAAGAAAGAGGUUCUUUCGAAUUCAAGGUACAUGCCACUACUUCUGAAACUGAUCAGCCGAAAUGGUGGGAGAAGAAUGCCGGCCCAAAUAUGAUUGACAUUCAUUCAACACAAGAAUUUGUAGAUGCUUUAGGUCAGGCUGGAGACAAAUUAGUCAUUGUUGAAUUCUUUGGUUCAUGGUGUGCAUCUUGUCGAGCUUUAUUUCCCAAAAUCUGCAAGAUUGCCGAACAGCACCGAGAAAUCACUUUUCUCAAGGUGAACUUUGAUGAGAAUAAGCGCCUGUGCAAAAGUUUGAAUAUAAAGGUCCUUCCAUAUUUCCACUUCUAUAGGGGAGCUGAUGGCCUAGUAGAUUCAUUUUCAUGCUCUCUUGCAAAGCUCCAGAAAUUGAGGGAUGCCAUUGCAAUUCACAACAAUGCUGUUCAUAGCAAUAGCCCACUGGACUACAAUGGUUGUCCUGGUGAUUGUUCAGAAUUAUCAAUAGCUCCAGAAGACAAGCACUUAUAACCGAAUUCAAG